UAUUUAUUUCUUGUAGAAUAUUUGGAGUUUUCCUGAUCUUGUUGGAUGUGGCUCUGAUAUUUGCUGACCUAAUUUUCACUGAUAGCAAAGUUUAUAUUCCUUUGGAGUAUCGUUCUAUUUCUCUAGCUAUUGCUUUAUUUCUUCUCAUGGAUGUUCUUCUACGAGUAUUUGUAGAAGGGGGAGAUGAACUCAUAUUUUUCUGUUUUAUAUUACAGGAGACAGCAUUAUUUUUCUGAUUUACUUAACAUUUUAGAUACUGCCGUUACUGUGAUUAUUCUGCUGGUGGAUGUCGUUUACAUUUUUUUUGACGUUAAGUUUCUUAAGGAUAUUCCUAGAUGGACACGUUUAUUUCGACUUCUACGACUUAUCAUUCUGUUAAGAGUUUUUCAUCUGGCUCAUCUAAAAAGACAACUUGGAAAGCUGAUAAGAAGGCUGGUUUCAGGAAACAAAAGGCGAUACGAAAGGGAUGGAUUUGACCUAGACCUCACUUAUAUUACAGAACGUAUUGUCACUAUGUCGUUUCCAUCUUCGGGAGGCCAGUCUUUCUGUCGGAAUCCAAUUAAGGAAGUCGUACAGUUUCUAGACAAGAAACAUCCAAACCACUAUCGAGUCUACAAUCUAUGCAGUGAAAGAGCUUAUGAUCCUAAGCACUUCCAUAAUAGGGUCAGUAGAAUCAUGAUUGAUGAUCAUAAUGUCCCCACUCUACGGGAGAUGGUAGCAUUCUCCAAGGAAGUAUUGGAGUGGAUGGCUCAAGAUUCUGAAAACAUAGUAGUGAUUCACUGUAAAGGAGGCAAAGGAAGGACCGGAACUAUGGUUUGUGCCUGCCUGAUUGCCAGUGAAAUAUUUUUAACUGCAGAGGAAAGCUUGUACUAUUUUGGAGAACGGCGAACAGAUAAAACCAAUGGCACUAAAUAUCAGGGAGUAGAAACUCCUUCUCAGAAUAGAUAUGUUGGAUAUUUUGCACAAGUGAAACAUAGCUACAACAGGAAUCUCCCUCCAAGAAAAACACUGUUUAUAAAAAGAUUCGUUAUUUAUUCGAUUCAUGAUGUUGGAACAGGCGACGGAUAUGAUCUAAAAGUCCAAAUAGUAAUGAAGAAAAAGAUUGUCUUUUCCUGUACUUCCUUAAACAAUUGUCGGGUAUUUCAUGACACUGAAACAGACAGGGUAAUAAUUGAUGUGUUCAACUGUCCACCUCUGUAUGAUGAUGUGAAAGUGCAAGUUUCCUCUUUGAGUCUCUGUCGCCUAGGCUGGAGUGCAGUGUUGUAAUCUCAGCUCACUGCAACCUCCGUCUCCCUGGUAUAGGUGAUUCUUCUGCCUCAGCUUCCCAAGUAGCUGGGAUUAUAGGUGCCUGCCACCACGCCAAGCUAAUUUUUGUAUUUUUAGUAGAGAUGGGGUUUCACCCUGUUGGCCAUGCUAAUCUCAAACUCCUGACCUCAGGUGAUCCACUUGCCUUGGCCUCCCAAAGUGCUGGGAUUACAGGUGUGAGCCACCAUGCCCAGCCAGGUGAAAUCAUUUCAAUACAAAUUCUAAACAGAAGAAAAAGAUUGAACUGAAACCACCCUACAACAUCCCCAGAACCUACACUAGGGUUAGUGUCAUGAUAACCGCCAAUGGUUAGUGUUUACCAUCUCCCCCUGGACCUGAAAGGAGCCCUUAAAGCUUCAUCAAAAUGCAAAAGAAGGCUUACAAAAAAUAUUUAAGAAUUGGAUAUGGCUAGCCAGUUUUCCCAACACCAUUUAUUAAAUAGGGAAUCUUCUCCCCAUUGCUUGUUUGUGUCAGGUUUGUCAAAGAUCAGAUGGUUGUAGAUGUGUGGUGUUAUUUCUGAGGCCCCUGUUCUGCUCCAUUGGUCUAUAUAUCUGUUUUGGUACCAGUACCAUGCUGUUUUGUUUGCUGUAGCUUUGUAGUAUAGUUUGAAGUCUGGUAGCGUGAUGCCUCCAGCUUUGUACUUCUUGCCCAGGAUUGUCUUGUCUAUGCGGGCUCUUUUUUGGUUCCAUAUGAAGUUUAAAGUAGUUUUUUCCAAGCCUGUGAAGAAAGUCAGUGGUAGCUUGAUGGGGAUAGCAUUGAGUCUAUAAAUUACUUCUGGCAAUAUGGCCAUUUUCACGAUAUUGAUUCUUCCUAUCCAUGAGCAUAGAAUGUUUUUCCAUUUGUUUGUGUCCUUUCUUAUUUCCUUGAGCAGUGGUUUGUAGUUCUCCUUGAAGAGCUCCUUCACAUCCCUUGUAAGUUGGAUUCCUAGGUAUUUUAUUCUCUUAGUAACAAUUGUGAAUGGGAGUUCACUCAUGAUUUGGCUCUCUGUUUGUCUAUUAUUGGUGUAUAGGAAUGCUUAUGAUUUUUGCACAUUGAUUUUGUAUCCUGAGAGUUUGCUGAAGUUGCUUAUCAGCUUAAGGAGAUUUUGGGCUGAGACGAUGGGGUUUUCUAAAUAUACAAUCAUGUCAUCUGCAAACAGAGACAAUUUGACUUCCUCUCUUCCUAUUGGAAUAUGCUUUAUUUCUUUCUCUUGCCUGAUUGCUGU